AAUUUUAAAUUCCCCGACUCAAGUACUAAUGUUGUUAUAACGGAAUAUUUAUUUGCCUUCGUGAAAUAUUUUUCUAAUGAGCGUUAUUUCCUAUUCGUCAAUUAAUUUAGACCGAUAGAAAAGUCAUUAUAAAACAACUUGUUAGAGAUCGUUUCAUUCAGUAUUUGUUUAGUGUCAAACGACACGCACAAUUAUUUUUUUAAAUAUUGUUAUUUACUUUUGUACAAAAAUAAAAGAUAAUAUAAUCAGUGAAUAUUUAUAAUAAUUUAUUAGCCAUGAUUUUUAAUACAGCGAAUGUGCGUCGAUUUUUAAUAUUGAUGUUUAUAGAGCUAAAAUUACUCGAAGCGCAAGUUUCUACGGCAAAUAAUAAUGAAGGCAACUUGCCAACUUCGGUAGAACCGAGGUUUUUAGAUCUCGGCGCCCUGGGAUUCCCAAACUUUGGUUCGGGAAGAUUCGGAAAUCCGACAAGUAAUUAUCCCACGAAUUCCUUUUUCCCUAACGGAAAUCAGAAUAAUAUGCAACGGCCGCAACAGAGUUUAAGUUACCCCAAUCAAGGGAACUUCCAAAAUAGACCAGGUCAAGGUUAUGGGCAACAAUAUCCUAAUCAGCAAGGCUAUCCAAAUCAGCAAGGUUACCCAAAUCAGCCAGCCUAUCCUAAUCAGCUAGGGUACCCCAAUCAACAGGGCUUUCCAAAUCAACAAGGUUAUCCAAAUCAGCCAGACUACCCUGACCAGCUAGGGUACCCAAAUCAGCCAGGGUACCCGAGUCAGUCAGAUUAUCCUAAUCAACAAGGUUACCCGAAUCAACAAGGUUAUCCGAAUCAACAAGGUUAUCCAAAUCAACAAGUUUAUCCUAAUCAACAAGACUACCCAUAUUUUGGCGACAGUAUGAACCCAAAUCCAAAUUAUCAAAGUCCCGAAUAUCCUAGUGAAGACUUUCAGAACAGACCAAUUGAUGGAGGCUAUCCAAACCAGGGCAGAUUGCCCUACCAAGGAGGAAACGAAUACCCCAAUUAUCAAAGACCAGAAUACUUUAACAGACCAGGCGAAGGACCAGCCAUGUAUCCAGAAAACGUGAACGGGCCUUAUCAAAAUCCUGGCGGGCCAGUAAAUCAAGGAGGAUAUUUCAAUCAACCCGGGCAGGGCUAUCCUGCCAAUUCAUUCGGGUACCCACCAAGCAAUCAAUACCCCUCCCCAGGUUAUGGUCCAGGUCAAAGUAACCCCAACUAUCGGCCGGAUGAAGUCGGCAAUCCAGACGUAAAUACAAAUUUUCCAGACGCUUUGGAUCAAUUCCAGCCAUAUAACCCACAGAAUCCAAAUUUCGUGCAGCCUGGUGCAUUUCAAAAUAAUAAUCCCGGUACUGACAUGCAAGUUCCGAAUCAAAUGGGUGUAAGUGGCAAUCCGUCAAUGAAUCAGUAUCCAAAUUCAGUUACACCGCUUCCAGGAGGACCAGAAAAUGCCCCUCCACUAGUAAAUGAACCACCACCAUCGUAUAACCAAGGAAGUGUUCCCAAUGAUAACGAGGCGGCAGGCAUUCUAGGAAAACCAGUCACUAUACCACCAGAACUGCUGACAACAACACCUGAUGAAACAGUGCCCGAUAACAGUACAGAAGACGCAACUAAAAAAAAAUGUGUCCAGGACUGUCCAUCCACGUCAGAAUAUAAUCCUAUGUGUGGUACAGAUAACGUGACGUACAUAAAUCCUGGCAAAUUUCUUUGUGCCCAAAAUUGUGGCGUAGCUGUGCAACUCCUUCAGCGGGGCAGAUGUGAUGGUGACAUAACUAUGUGAGAAGUUGUUUGGAGCAGGACGUCUAUUAACAAUAGAAAACUGAAUUAAAUGUUGCAUUUCUUGAAAAUAAUGGCAUUAGGUACUUAACACUUUGUGUGAUAUAAAAACUGGAUCAUCAAAGUUUUUAGAGCUGUAUUCAG